AUGGAUUUAGAGAAACUGCCGGUCUACCAAGUCAUCCCACCAACCGAAUUUCCGGAUCAAGACUAUCCCUCCCCUGUCGCCACAAGGAACACUGACCGACCCGCCAGAGGGACAUCUCAAUUCCGUAAAACCAUCCGCGAUGUCGCCCUCGGAUUCCUGAUUGCCACCGCGUUCUGGACAAUCCCCCACGCUACUCGCGUCUCUUGGCCAUCAGCUCGCCGAUGUGUCGGUCGAUUCUUCGGGCAUCGUCACCACCACAAACACCAUAACCAUCACGGACACCAUCACGGACAUCAUCACGAGAACCUGUUCCCAUCUGGAAAGAAAAUUGGGUACCAGGGCCCCACUGAAACUGGUAUCGAACCUUUCGUUGCUGUCACUGCAGACGCUCCACCUGAGCAGCAAAGCUAUUAUCCACUGGUUUCGCCGGCACACUCGUCCCAUGAUGCAUUCGACCCCGUCAGAUCUUGGGGAUAUCUCUCACCGUUUCAUUCGCUUCCCUCCAACGCUUUCGGACUUGAAGGAAGCUCGGGGAAAGUUCCAGACCAAUGCAAGCUCACACAGGUUCACCUUCUUCAUCGACACGGAGCCCGCUACCCAACUAGCUCCAAAGAGCCCUCUGGAUUUGCUGCUCGAUUGAAAGCCGCUGGCAACUACAAAGCUAGCGGUAACUUGAAAUUUCUAAACACAUGGAGCUACGGAUUAGGCAAAGAAGUUUUGACUCCAUUCGGCCGCAGUCAGCUCUUCAAUUUGGGUGUAGGCUUCCGUCAAAAGUAUGGACAUCUGUUGGACAAGAUCGCCAAUCCGAAACAGAAAUUGGUUUUCCGAACUACUAGCCAACACAGAAUGUUACACAGCGCUCUGAAUUUUGCGGCUGGUUUUUUCGGGCUGCCUUUCAAAUCGCAAUAUCAUCAAUCCAUUGUGAUCGAAGCGCCAGGAUUCAAUAACACUUUAGCUCCUUACUUUACUUGCAACAACAGCGAACACGCCAGCAAAACAUAUGUCAAGAGUAUCAUGUCGGAUUGGUCUGAAAUUUAUCUUGCAGGGGCCCUCCCGCGCCUACAAGCUAACCUGACCGGCUACCAAUUAACAUUCGAGGACUACUACUCCGAUCUGAUGUUUUGGUACGCGUACUCGUUUGGUUCGCCAACUGCGGCAGCCAUUGGAAAAGGAUGGGUUGAGGAACUAGUUUCUCGCUUGACUCAGGAGCCUAUCAAAAACUAUGACAGCUCGACCAACUCAACCCUGGAUUCCAAUCCAAUCACCUUCCCCUUGGAUCAACCGAUUUAUGUCGACGCAACCCACGACACGGUGAUUUCGUGUAUCGUUGUUGCGUUGAACCUGACCUCGUUGGCCUCUGAGGGUCCGCUCCCAACCCGCUUCAUUCCAAAGAAGCAAUCCUUCGUGUCUUCGCACAUCUCUCCAUUUGCUGGAAACUUACAUGCUCAAGUUGUGGAAUGUGAAGAUGGCAAAAAAAUCAGAUUCCUAUUGAAUGAUGCUCCUGUUCCUUUGACCGGUCUUCGUGGCUGCCCUGAAGACGCGGAAGGGUUCUGUCCCCUAUCUAUCGCUGUCAAAGCUCUCCAAACUCGUAUCAAGGAAAUCGAUUACCAGAACGAUUGUAAUGUUAAGAAUGGCUAUACUCCACCAUCUGGUGGAGGCGGGAUCGUCAAUGGGAGACCCCCUUCUUCCGGUUGA